AUGGCCAGGCUCGCAUUCAAAGCUCUCCAUCUCUACACAUCGCCGCUCUCCGGGUGCAGUGCCCGCAUCCGGAUCACUGCACUCCUGAAGGAUAUUCCACUAACCUACCACGAGAUAUCAAUCUCCUCUUCUCAACAAUCAAGCCAUUCCUAUCUGGCAAUCAACCCCAAUGCCAGUGUCCCGUCUUUUGUCAUCGAACUGCCAGAGAAUGCGUCUUCACCCGCCUCGAACAUUACAAUUACUCAAUCUCCAGCCAUCAUCGACUUCCUUGAAUCACACUUCCCAAAUCCCCCACUCAUCCCUAGUCCGGAUAUGGUGAGGGAAAGGGCCCGGGUGAUGGAACUCGCAAGCUUAGUAGCAUGUGAUAUUCAACCCCCUCAAAACAGCCGCAUUCGCAAGAAGAUCGCUGAGGAAUUUGAUGGCAACGGUGAAGCGUGGGCGCGGUAUGUUUAUGAACGAGGUUUCGGAGUAUACGAGAAGUUUCUUGAGGAAACAGGGAAUGAGAAGUUAGGAGAGGUAAUAGGGAAGGGGCCAAUGUUUAGUCUUGGAUCCAAAGUCACUCUUGCCGAUGUCUUUCUGGUCCCGGCCGCGCAGGGUGCAUCAAGGGUUGGUGUUGGGCUUGAGAGAUGGCCAUUGUUGAAGUCCGUCACGGAAGAAUGUCUGCGUUUGAAUGCCUUCCGUUUGGGUGGAGUCGGACAACAUAAGAUAUGA